AUGGCAGAGAAGAACCUCACUUUAGUAACUGAAUUUCUCCUUGUUGCUUUCACUGAUUGUCCUGAGUGGGGGCUCCCUCUCUUCCUCCUGUUUCUCUUUAUCUAUCUCUUUACCCUGUCUGGGAACUUGGGGUUGAUUAUCCUGAUCUGCAUGGAUCUCCGGCUCCACACUCCAAUGUACUUCCUUCUGAGUCAUCUCUCUUUCAUGGACAUCUGCUACUCUUCAGUCACUGUUCCUCAGAUGUUGGUUGUGUUGUUGGAGCAUGGGGCAGUUUUAUCCCACACACGCUGCAUUGCUCAGUUCUUCCUGUUCACCUUCUUUGGUUCCAUCGACUGCUACCUCCUGGCCCUCAUGGCCUAUGAUCGCUACGUGGCCGUAUGCCGGCCCCUGCUUUAUGUCACUAUCAUGACGCAAAAGGCCCUUUUGGGUUUUGUGGCUGGGGCUUGCAUUGCUGGUUUCUUCAGUGCUGUGGUGCGGACAGUUUCAGCGUUCACUCUCUCCUUCUGUGGGACCAAUGAGAUCGACUUCAUUUUAUGUGACCUCCCACCUCUUUUAAGGCUUACGUGUGGGGACAGCUACACCCAGGAGGUGAUAAUUAUUGUGUUUGCCAUUUUUGUCAUCCCUGCCUGCAUAGUGGUGAUCUUGGUGUCCUACCUGUUGAUCAUUGUGGCCAUUCUGAGGAUCCCCUCGGUGGGAGGUAGGACCAAGACCUUCUCUACAUGUGCCUCCCACCUCACCACAGUGUCGCUCUUCUUUGGCACACUCAUCUUCAUGUAUCUGAGAGAUAACUCUGGCCAGGCCUCAGAGCAGGACCGGGUAGUAUCUGUGUUCUACACAACAGUGAUCCCCAUGUUGAACCCCCUCAUCUACAGCCUGAGGAACAAGGAGGUGAAGGAGGCUCUGAGGAAAAUUCUCAAUAGAGUCAAGUAG